UCACCCUGUGCAGUUCAUGUUAGACAUUAUUAUUGACAGACAACUCGAGAAUUUACUUAAAAGUGCAUGGGCUAUUCUUUAGGUUUUUUAUUAUAUUUUAUGAUCGUAAGCUAAUAAUGUCAAAUUCGUUAUUUGUGAUUAUCUGGUGAUAUAUGUAUAUAUGAGCGAUAAAAAACAAAGUUUAAAUUCCAUAACAAAAAUGUUGACAUCUUUAACUCAAAUAUUAAUAGCAAUGAAAACAGCCCAAAAUUGAAUAAAAUCAGUGUUAAAUCUUCUGAAGGCGAUAAAAAGGAGUUGUAGUGUGUUACAUGUGUUGCAUGUUCUCAACAAAAAUGGUUUAUUCAGGAACGCUUGUAAUAAAUAUAUUGAUAUGACGGGACAUAUUAAUAAUGAAACAGAAAUUGAAGCAUAUAGUUAUAAUAAAAAACAAAUUAUAAUUAAUAAAAGACAACAAUCAUCAUAUUUGGAGACCAAUAUGGCAAACACAAUAUCUAUAAUGUCCAAUGCGUUACGAAAUGUUGUGAGCAAAAAACGCAGACGCUACAAGGAAAAAGGAUUUAAUUUGGAUCUUUCGUAUAUAUGCCCUAAUAUUAUUGCGAUGGGGUAUCCUGCGCCAGACAUAUUCGAAGGCAUUUACCGAAAUCGCCUAGAUGAUGUUUAUAAAUUUCUGGAGGAAAAUCACGGAGAUCAUUACAGAAUAUAUAAUUUAUGUCAAGAACGGAGCUACGACAUUAAUAAAUUUCACAGGAGAGUUGCAACAUACCCAUUUGAGGAUCAUAACCCUCCUACCAUUGAGCUGAUACAACGUUUCUGUCAUGACGUUGACUCCUGGCUUAACAGAGACCCGUUAAAUGUCGUAGCCGUGCAUUGCAAAGCUGGAAAAGGAAGAACCGGUACAAUGAUAUGUGCAUAUUUGGUCCAUAGUAAAUUGAAGAAAACAGCGGAUGAUGCGUUGGCCUAUUAUGACGAAAAACGUACAAAAGACCGGAAAGGAGUUACAAUUCCAUCUCAACGUAGAUAUGUUCAGUAUUAUUCAAAUUUAAUCCCAGGUGUACGAUAUGAAGUAAUAAGUCUUUAUAUUUGUGAAAUCCGUUUUACCGAGACAAAUUACUUGCAUAAUCUUGGUACAGUGCAAUGUUCAAUUUCUGACAGGCAAGACUCUUCAACAGACAAACUUAAGGCGCAUGAACUGAAAACUUGGACAAUUGAUUUUCAAAAAACUUUUAUAUUGGAUAUAAGUAAUUCACCCCUAACAGUUUCUGGUGAUAUUAAAGUCGAACUUACUCAAAAAUCAUCAAGGAAGAUGAUUUGCCACUUCUGGGUUAAUACAUUCUUUUUGCAAAAUAAUGCGGCUAGCAGCACCGAUGAAAACACCGAUAAAUUUACGCAUACCUUAAUUAAAUCUGAAAUUGAUGGUGCACAUAAAGACAAAGAUCAUAAAUCGUUUUCGGAGGAUUUUAAGAUCUCUCUUGUAUUUAUAAAAGAAAAAAAAUGCUUCGACAGUAUAAACGCUGAACCGUCUGCAGAAAAUAAUUGGAGCCAUAAUCGAAGCUCGGAUUUUUUUCCUGGUGAUAAUGAUAAGAAUCUGAACAGUGAGGGUUCUGAUAUAAACUCUCCGUCCUCAAGUCGUUUGUUCGAAGGUCCAUUUCAUACCAGUGAUGAAAUAGGUGAAACAAAAUCGCACCUAAUAGAACAUAACAGAAAACUUACUAAAAAUCAACACAAAAAAUCAACUAUCUCAAAACUUCCUGCGUUGACAUCUAAACGAAAACAGUCUUCAUCAAAAUGCCCAUUAAGCGUUAGUAAUACUUCGUCAGGCAAGGACAACAAAAAGCUGCAUAUUUUUAAUCAACCGUCCGCUAUACCAUUCGAUAAAGUGCCAAUAAGGAGGCAUCACAAUAAAAUGUAUGAAAAAACCUCUGAUAGUCGACGUAUAUUUGAUCGAUGUAAUAUUUCCAACCUUUCUGGCGGGGAUAAGAUCUUCGAGCAGAAGUCAUACAAUAAUUGCAAACGAUCAUCUUCUGACUUGAAUCAAACUGGUGAAGAAGGAGAUGAAGAUUGGGAAUCCGUUUACCUUGUACCCAAUUUAUCAAUAUCGGAAACAACAAAAAAAGGCAAACAUUUUGCUUUAAACCAAUAGCAAUUACAAAUAAUUUUAUCUAGCUCCUACUCAAAGAGUAAUGUAUAUAAAAUAAUUAUAUUUUUAUUAAGAUAGAUUUCCUUACUGCUUAUUAAAUUUUUUUAACGGGUGACCGACCUCCAAUCAGUCAGUCAGUGUUUGUACAGCCAACGUUCGACUGGCUUUUAUUCAAAAUUGGGUGUAACUAGUUCUUAUAAGCUCCACGAUAUGCUCAAAAAAAAAAAUCGUUAUCUAUUUUAAUCGAUUUCAUCUAUAUGUGCCAAUCCAUUGGCGAUUAAAAACUUGGACCUAAGUUAAAAAUAUCAAAUCUCGAGCUCUUAUGCAAAAAUCACUGCGUUUGGGGAGUUCAUAGUAAGUAAGUUACAGUACUAUCCGCAACCUCCCGUCACGUAUUCUGCCCAGCUCCUAGUGCGAGGCUUGCCUGGAUUUUCCCAAUCAAGAUUUUUAUAUUUGAAAUAAAGGGCUUGUGCAAAUUUAGGUAACAAGCAGAAUGAAGCAUCCCUGACCUUAUUAAGUAUAUUUAUUCUUGUUUAGCAUCAAAAGCCCAGUCGAUCUAUCCAUGUACGUCUGUCCGUAUGCAUGCAACGCGGUGAUCUUAGAAUCUAGAACACUAGAGACUUGAAAUUUUGGCGACUUGUGGUUGAAAAGGGCAUGUCUUGUAUGGAGGUAAUCCAGUUUUAAUGAAAAACAAAAACGCUUCCCGAUUGAAUAUACUUUUUUUGAAUGAAUAAUUGGAUGAUCUAGAUCCAGAUUUAAGAUAAACUUCAUUGUUGGCAGUUCACUGAUGAUUUGGUCAGCUUUUGGAUAUGUUGGAUAUAGAAUUCUUGGAUACUGAGCUGAUUGAGUUUGCGGGUAACUUGUUCAGGGAUGAUGGAAUCUUUCAGCAAAACAGCGUGCCAAAUCACACUGCCAGAAAAAUUAAUAUGCUACUUUCCAACAGUGUUGUUUGAAAGAGAGGGAUCAAAUAGACCCCUAAAACGCUUGUCAGCACCGAGCCUACAAGACCAAAUAAGGUCAUAUUCGCCAAGGGCGAAUAUAUGAACUAAUAAAACAGAUGAGAGGCUCUAGUCUUGAGUUCCUGACUAGGGGAUACCCUGAGCCCUUUUCUACCAACUCCAACAAUUCAUUUUCAACGAAAAAUAAACGAAUCAAAAUAGCAGCACGUACAAACAGCAGAGAGUACAAUACAAUCACAUUUGCAAUGCUGUUUGGAGAAUUUAAUAAACACGCGCAUCAAUGUAUAUCUUUACACAUAUACAGAAAUUUUUGGAAUUUGAUGCCGUUAUUUAAAAUAACUUUUGCCGAUUUUUUGAUCGUUUCUUUUUUCUAUCUUAAUGCACUUUUCAGAAGUUUAUCUUAUUGUGCAUAAAUAAAGCUUUGGCUUUAAUAGGUGGGCCUCAUCUGUGGGGCAACAGCGAAUAAACGAGAUCAAUAGAUCGACUCGGCUAUUGA